GGGACAAGCUCGGCUUGAGCAAUCAUUUCUGCGGUGUGGAGCUGAAGAGCUCAGCCAGGCCGGGCCUGUGAACUUCAUCAUGAAUGCCCUUAUUUGGAGGCGGGGAGGAGAGGAAGGAGAAGGUGUUUUUUCCUCUUUUUUUCCUCCCACUUUUAAAUGAAUAACUCUACAGUCCAUGCUCAUUUCUUCCUCUCUACAGAGAGAAGUGGGGAGAUCUGACUCCGGCUGCCAGUGGAGUGGAAUGAUAAUAUCGGCCGAUUCUUCUCUGUUUCGGUAUUGAAUGUUGAAGGAUUGAAUGUGAAGAUUGAUCGAUACUGUGCUGGAUUAAAGAUCAUUCUCAGGAUGGUAGUGGAUGCUGUUGAGGAUCUUCUGUGGCUGGAUAGUUGAUGUAAUUUAAGAUUAAGUGUGUUCAGCUGAAGAUUUCCAAUGAUCUGCAGCGUCUACCAGGCCAACAAGGGCCACAGGGUGGCUUCCAAGAGGGUCCGCUUCCAGGACCUAUAUGACUGUGAUGAAGUGAUUGAUAACGCAGACGACAUGGACAGCCUGAACAGGAACGUUCCUGAGUAUAGCCGCCAGACCCAUCAGGUGCUGCAGAGUACCCAGCUGGACCUGAUUGAGACUGGCAAGACCCUGAAGGUCCAAGCAGAGCGCCCUCACCUGGUCAGUUUGGGAAGUGGACGUUUGAGUACAGCUAUCACACUGUUGCCUUUACCAGAAGGUAAAACUACUUUGGGUCAUGGCGACACUGACAUUGAUAUCCAGGGGCCAGGUGUGGCUGCGCUGCAUUGCUACAUUGAGAACCAGGGAGGAACCAUCACACUCUACCCCUGCGGAAACCCCUGCUCCAUGGAUGGACUUGCGGUCACCAAGCCUGUACGACUCUCUCAAGGGUGUAUGCUUUGUUUCGGUCAGUCUGCCUUUUUCCGCUUUAACCACCCAGAGGAGGCUCUCAGGAUGAAGAGUAUGAUGCCAGGAGGAAACCCUGGCCCCACCAGUGCCUACAAAGGCCAUUCAGAACCCCACAGCCUACUGAAUGGCAACCACCAGCCUGUUCCUCAUGAGAGGGUGCGACCAGGCCAUGGCACGCUGGUCCGUUCCAUAGAGAAAGACCUUCAGGACAUCAUGGACUCCCUGUCUAUGGCCGACUCUCAGGCCUCCUCAUCUGAGACCUCCAAACUCUCCCAUCACCCUAUCCCACAAUCCCCUCUUUCUCCAAUGUUUAAUGGGGGAGGUCGCUAUCUCCUCUCUCCACCAAUCAGCCCGGGAGCCAUGUCAGUGGGCUCCAGCUACGAAAACGCUACUCCUCCCUUUUCUCCACUUUCUUCACCUUCUGUCGCUAGCAGUCCAAGCAACCCUCCUGUACCUCCUCAUUCAGCUAUCCACCAUAAAGCUCAAGCCCCAGUUCCUCAACCAAGAGUGUCGGUACCUCGGAAGAGCAAUGGCAGCGUGGGCCAGAAAGGGCAGGAAAGUCCUAAGCUUCAUAGAAAGGCCUUGGCAGAUGCUCCUCCAAGCCCCACAGUCAACCGCCAAGGGCAAAACCAAGACAUCUUGCCUAGAGGAGGUCUAGACAGUCCAAGGUCAAUUCUCAGCUCCUCCUCAGGCUCAGCAUCUUCUUCAGCGUCUGGAGAUACAAGCAGGCAGAGCAGCAUCAGGCUCACAGCUUCCUCAUCCCCGGCCUCGUCAAGUCCUAGAUCCAGCCUGGGACAGGAAACACCUCCAAUUGAUCGAGUCAGCCAGCCCCAGUCUCGCUCAGUUCUGACCCCAGAGAGUCCCCACACCACCCGUAGAUGCUUGGACUCAUCCACUGGUGCUCCAGUGCUGGAGCGUCCACCUCCCAGUCCCUCUGCAUCACGCCGUGUGCUUCAAGGAGUUCCUGUCCUGCCUGGAGCUUUACCUGGUGUCACCCUGAGCAGUCGUAGCCAGUCAGCAAAGAGCGUUCCAGAGAGCCCUCGACUCAACAGGCGAAAUGCAGCAGCAGAGGAAGAGAGGACAGGAACAAGAGGACUUCGAGCCAGGAGCCCUUCUCCUGUGUCUGCUUUACGGAAAGACCAGACUGGAAGGCAGAAAGGGUCUGUUGGAACCCUGAGCUCCCAGACUGGGGUCUCUCCACUUACCAGCCCCCGCAGCCAGAGGAAGAACACCAGAGAGCCACGGCCCGGUCAGCCUCGCAUGCGGGAGCGAAAGAACAGUAUCUCAGAGAUCAGCGAUAACGAGGACGAACUACUGGAGUACCACAGGUGGCAGCGAGAGGAGAGGAUGAGAGAGCAAGAGAUGGAGAGACUGGAGAGACAGAGGCUAGAGACCAUUCUUAGUCUGUGUGCUGAGUAUAAUAAAGGGGACCCUCUGGUAGGCAUGGAAACUCUGAGGGCAAGUCAGUUCCCCGGGACAGAGGAGGAGUCUGCCCGGCGACCCGGUCCCGACCCCGUGGGUGUGUCGGGCCAGCGCACACACACUCAUACACACCGGCAGAGAGAGAGCGAUGAGGAGAACCUUAAAGAGGAGUGUAGCAGCACUGAGAGCCAGCACCAGGAGCACGAGGACACUGCUGGUCUGGGGCAGCAGGAGGUGGGUUAUCUGGUGGAGGAACGGGUCCGAGUUCUGGCCCGAGUGGACGAGCUGAAGACCCGUGUCUCUGAGCUGGAGCAACAGCUUCAGGACUCCAGACAGGAGGCCGAGAUGGAGCGGGCGCUGCUGCAGGGGGAGAGGAGGGCAGAGCUGGAUCAAGUGGAGGCAGAGAUAGAGAUCAUCAAUCAGCUUCAGCUCAAACUGAGUGAAGUAGAGAAAACUAUCCAGAGGGAGAAAGAGAAGGGGAGGGCUAAUGUCUCGGCUGAGCGGGACAUCCUGGCCAGGCUGAGGGACGGGUACAGUGAGCUGAAGAGCCAGCUUCACAAAUGCCCCGAGUCUCUGAGGGAACACUUACAAGAGCAGCUCGCCAGGAAAGCAGAGGCGCUGGAGUCGGGCUCCAAACGCUUUGAAGACCUGGAGUUCCGCCAGCUGGAGCGCGAGAGCAGCCUGGAGGAGGAGAAGGAGACGCUCAGCCGGCAGCUGCUGCAGGAGAGGGCCCAGUACCAGCGCAGCGUGGCAAAGAGGAAGGAGAAGAUGGCGGCACUUGAGAUUCAGGCUAAUCAGUUGGGAGUGCAAGCGGCUCAGGACUGUGAGAGGAUGGCUAAGGACCGGACCCUGGCCCUGCAGAUGCUGCAGAAGGAGAGGGAACGCUUGACUGCCCUGGAAAAGAGAUACCAAAGCCUGACUGGAGGGAAGACUUUCCCAAAGUCCUCCACCACCAUGAAGGAGGAGGUACUGCAUAUCAGCGAGCCUGAGCUUUACAGCGAAGUCCCUACCCAGCAUUCCCCACUCGCUGCUCCUUGCAUCCAAAGCCCCACCUCUCAGGCCGGCCCCAACAGACCUCAGGAGGAGUACCUCAAACUUUCAGAUGUGUUUAAGAUGUAUGGUAGUGGUUCCAUUCCAGCCCCAGACCCAACCACCUCCCCUGCCGUUUCCACUCUCAGCCUUCCUCUUUCUUUCACGCCAGAUGCCCCUCGUGAGGACUAUGUGACAGUAAGUCAAUUAAACCAGAUCUUUGGGAUGCACAAGGCUGAUCCCUCCCAAGCUGAUCCUGCCCAAUCAUUCCAAGCUUUUGUAGUUGACCCCAGCAUCUCUAGCCUCACUUCAGAGUGUGAGCCUGUCCAGUCUUUCUCUGAUGAGACCCAGGCUGAGCGGAGCAGGCCUCAGCCCCUCAGGCUGGAUUUAGAGCGCUGGUACCAAGACAUCAUGGCCGCUGGGGAGCCGAGCCAUGCUUGUCCUCCUCCUCUGCCUGCUAAGUCUUUCUCCACACGCAGGCCCACGCAGAUGUACAAGUGCAAGCAGGACGGAGGGGCGAGUCACACUAAUGGUUCCAGCCCCGCUACACCAGGCAGAAGCACCCCAACCAAGAGUCUGCCAGACCUGUCGACCUCGCAUCUUGACACAGAUACCAAGAGACUCGGUCUGGAAGGCAAAGGGCUCCAAACAUCUGACGACUCCAGAAUCCGCCCCAUGGAUCUGAAACACAGGCUCGAGAUGGAGACGCAGUUCCACUGGGGGGCGCCGCCGGGCUCUCACCCCCAGCUUAACGGGCCGUACCCGUCCCCGGGAGCUUCCAUCGUCCACCACUCUAUCCUGCACCACCAGACGCCGUCGGCAGGCGGCCCGGCGUAUGACACUCUGAGUCUGGAGAGCUCAGACAGCGUGGAGACCAGCGUAUCCACGGGCAACAACUCCGCCUGUUCACCCGAAAGCGGCAGCGGCCUGGCCGGGCUGAGGCUGGAGGAGAUGGAGAAGAUGCUGAAGGAGGCUCAGCAGGAAAAGGCUAGACUGGUGGAGAGUCGUGAGAGGGAGGUGCAGGCUCGCAGGCAGCUGCUGGAGGAGGAGAGGAGGCGGCGAGAGGAGGUGGAGAGGAGGCUGCAGGAUGAGACCACGCACCGGCAGAGGCUCGUGGACGAGGAGGUCAAGAUGCGGGAGAAGCACUGUUCUCAGGCUCGUCCGAUGACGCGCUACCUGCCCAUCCGAAAGGAGGAGUUCGACCUGCGCUCUCACGUGGAGUCGGCGGGUCACUGUGUGGACACCUGCCCCUACGUCAUCGUCACAGAGAAAAUGUGUAAAGGCCAUCUGGUCAAGAUGGGAGGCAAGAUCAAGUCGUGGAAGAAGCGCUGGUUCGUCUUCGACCGCAUGAAGAGGACCUUCUCCUAUUACGUGGAUAAGCACGAGACCAAGCUGAAGGGAGUCAUCUAUUUCCAGGCCAUCGAGGAAGUCUAUUACGAUCACCUACGCAGCGCCACGAAGAGUCCGAACCCCUCCCUGACCUUCUGCGUGAAGACCCACGACCGCCUCUACUUCAUGGUGGCCCCUUCCCCAGAGGCCAUGCGAAUAUGGAUGGAUGUGAUAGUAACAGGCGCUGAGGGCUACACGCAGUUUAUGACCUGAGGGGAAAAGAUGAGCGGGGGCCGGCCGCCGGACCGCCGGAGUGGGCGGCACUCCUCGAGUUGAUUGAUUCUUUCAGCCAAACCUGAACUUCAGCUGCACUUCGGCUCUCGGCCCACGCCGAUCGACUCGUACGGACUCGGUUUGGACGGACGGAGGAGGACAGUGAUCUGCUAUUGGUGGGCAGAUAACAAGGUGCUCAAAAGUGACGGAGUGGUGCAAGAGAGGGACUCUGACACAACUGCUCUUUUUAUUGUCAUUAUUUUUAUUAUUAUUAUUAAUCAUUCAUACAUGUAAUUACUUCAUCGUAAUUUCGUAACCACUUACAUUAUCACUUUCAUUGGGUCUGCCCAUGCCAGCAUUUUUCAGUAUCAUCAUUUAGGUCAGUCAUUUUGCCUUGACUUUGGUUUAAAGGAAAAAUACAAAAAGGGAUUUAACUGUUGCUUUUUUUCUUCUGCCAAAUGUUUAAAACCACUUUUCGGAGGCCUGUUCACAGUUUUCAUCUAAGAACAGGGCAUUCAUUCUCAUCUUAUAUGUUCAGGCUUCUAACAGUGUUAACAUUAGAUAUGUAUAUGUAUGUAUGUAUCAUAAUCUUAAAACCUUAAUAACAGCUUAAUCUACUCAUCUUAAGCAAUUUCAGGUGCCAUGACUUUCAGAGUAAAGCAAGCAGCAUGUAAAUCAGUUCACUGUAAAUCAGAAUAAAUCAGAGUACAGCGUGUGUUAUAAAAGUCGAUGACAGAGCGGUACUGCCAUUCAGAAUGACUGAUAAGGGUAUUAUUAAUGAGUGUUGUUGAUAUGUUGUGAGAUUGAGAUUGAGUUAAACUGCAGCACUCCUGUACUUUGUCCACUACAGAAAAGUAACGUUAUAAUAAUAAUUUACUGUUAUCUAUAUUGUCUUUGUCUGAUAUGGAAAAAAAAAUACUUCAGCUGCUUUUUUUAUUCUAAAAUAUAUUUUAAAUAUAACGUUUCAUACUUUGUUGUCGAAUACCGUGAAGCAGAGCGCUGGCGGUUGGAUUUCUACAUAUUGUUCUCUCAAGAGCAUGUCUGGUGGGGGACCAUUUCAGCAUUUCUUCUACAUUUUGUUUUUACAGUUUUUUUUUUGCCUGUUUUGUUUUUUUAUUAAAAGCCAUGCCAAAGGAUAACCUCAGAAAUACAGCAUUAAAGCAUUGCAUUUUGUUAUCAAAUUAAUACAAAUACUAAUAUAGUACAGUACAGUAAUUAUACUGAACAUACAUAUACACACACACACACACACACACAGACUUUGUUGACAUAAGUUUUGGGAUCCCUGUUUUUUUUUUUACAGUUUAUCCUGCUUUAAUGGUUUAUACACUACAUACAGAUCUGUAAAAAAAAAUAAGAGACCACUUCUGAAUCAGUUUCUCUGAUUUUGCUUUUAUUCUAUAAAUUACGAACAAUAUUUCUCCUAAAUUCCAAAUAAAAAUAUUGUCAUUUAAACAUUUAUUUGCAGAAAAUGAUAAAUGACAUUAAUAAUAACAAAAAAGCAGAGCUUUCAGACCUCAAAUAAUGCAAAGAAAAUACAGUUUAUAUUCAUACAGUUUUAAGAGUUCAGAAAUCAAUAUUUGGUGGAAUAACCCUGGUUUUUAAUCACAGUUUUCAUACAGCUUGGCAUGUUCUCCUCCACCAGUCUUACACACUGAUUUUGGAUAACGUUAUGCCACUCCUGGUGCAAAAAUCCAAGCAGUUCAGUUUGGUUUGAUGGCUUGUAAUCAUCCAUCUUCCUCUUGAUUAUAUUCCAGAGGUUUUCAAUUUAGUAUAAUAAAUUUUUAAGUGGUCUCUUAUUUUUUUGUCAGAGCUGUACAUGCCUGGCUUCCUGAGGUCCUAAGGGUCUAUUUGCAGUACUUCCUGACAGGGACUAGAACAGCUGUGUGUGUGCAUUUACACAUUAAAAAAAACAUAUUAAAAACAUUGUUUAAACCUUAAAGCAGCUGAAUGCAUUCUUUAGAAGGGGGUGUUCACAAAUCUUUGGACAUAUUGUGUGUGUAUAUAUGCAUAUAAAGUCACUGUCCUGCAAAAUCCUUCCAUGUCCAUUUUUUGCUUUACUGUGUAAAAAAAUCAUAAUGAAUGGACCAAUAGAAAUGCUCCAAAAUGACUAGGAAUUAAAAUUUGUUUUAUUUUAUUUUAUUUUUUUUGCACGACAGUGACGAUAUGUAUGUAUGGAUAGGUGAGUAUGGAACAGUAGUGAUUAAGGGACAUGGCCAUACGUGCCUUACCAAGUGCUUCUCUCAUUUCAGGGCUGCAGCUUUCCAUCCACUAUUGAUUUUCUACUGUUUAUUUAAUAACCUGAUCUUUUUAAAGGCAUGUAGUACGUUUCUAUAUACAAAGAAUAUAGACAUAUAGUAGCGAUGCAAGUAUAUCUAUAUAUCUAUAUUGGGUUUGACCCAUUGCAAACACACACUCACACACACACACAUGCCAGAUAUGUACCCUCACACAUAAGCUCUGAUGAUGAUGCAGUGUGUGGAUACCAGGCCCAAAUAAAGCAUAACAAAACUGUUUAA